GCUCUCGUUCGCUGAGAGACAAACUGUAGUUGAAAGUCGGAACCCCAGUUUUAUGCGAGUAUGAAGCGUUCAACGACUGCGGGCGAGUCCUCCAAAAAAUUGGCAAAAAAGCAGAAGGUUUCAAGUGCGACAAGUGCUAGCAGGAACCAAGACGAUGACGAGGAGACAUCGGGGUGGCCCAGCUAUUUCCGUGAUUUGUUCAAGGUCUUCAAGGCACUGAAUACAGUUCUGGCAUUUGUGUCUUCUCACAAGCAUCUUGCAACCACGUUUCCUGUAGUUCGUGCCUCCGUCGAAGGUCUUCUCAAAAGACCACUCGAACUGUCUAAAGUAGCAGAGAUCAAAGCCCUUGUCCCGGAAAUCGUCAAGUUUGCUUACAUUCCUGAAAAUGACCUUCGCAUACAUGCAGAAACGGUUUCUCUAAAUACUAAGCGUGAGCUCAGCCCCGACUUCACGCUACACUCGCAGUCUCUUGCCGCACCAUCGACCUCUGUUCUCCCAGGUCAGGAAGAGGAAGAGCACGUCCUUGUCCUAGAAUUUAUAGAGUACUCUCGCGGACGUCUAAAAUCAGGUCCUGGUUUAUCGGUCCCACCAUCUAUGACGCCUAAACAACUCAAUAAAUUGGUUGAUAAGCGAAACCAGCGCUUCAAAGAUGCUGUCGACGAGCUUAUCAAAGCUACACCAGAGGGAGAGGUAUCCAUGGAUUUGCUUCAAGCAGCAGCAAGAGACCACAUCCCCGUAAACCCUUUCGCAAAGAAAGUCUUGGCCGCCACCAAUGCCGGUGGCUCCCAGAAUCUGAUAAUACCCGAACCCAAAGACCGACCUUCUAUUGACGAUAUAAUAGUUGAAAUUCAAAAACAAUCAUGGUAUGAAAAACAAAUUGUCGACCGGCGGACGUUCAAGGAAAAGGCAGCCGUCGAAGGAUUGCUGGAUGAGCCUCUUUCACAUACCAUACAACAAGCGCUGCGAGAGUCGCGAAAUAUAACGUCGCUGUAUUACCAUCAAACAGCUGCCAUUAACGCUAUUGCGAAGAAGAAGCAUGUCAUUGUUUCGACCAGCACUGCGUCAGGCAAGAGUGUGAUCUAUCAGGUUCCUUUAUUGAAGUUUCUAGAAGAGAAUUCUAAUUCCACAGCAAUAUUCAUAUAUCCCACCAAGGCUUUAGCUCAGGAUCAGCGUACUGCGCUGGAGCAGCUGCUGUGGGCUUGUCCUGGACUGCAGCAUAUCAAAGUAGUAACAUAUGAUGGAGACACCCCGCAGGACCAACGGAGAACCAUUCGGGAGACGGCCUCCGUCAUUUUUACCAACUUUGACAUGUUGCACGCCUCUAUUCUGCCUCACGAGGAGCUUUGGCGGACCUUCAUGAAGAAUCUCAAACUCGUAGCGGUCGAUGAACUGCACUACUAUUCCAAUUUAUUUGGGAGUCACGUUGCUCAGGUCAUCCGCCGUUUCCGCAGGAUCUGUGCAGCUGUAGGGAACCAACGUGUUAUCUUUGUAUCAUGUAGUGCCACGAUCGCGAAGCCAAGUCAGCAUAUGAAAAGUCUUUUCGGGGUAGAUGACGUGGAAGAAAUCGUUGAAGAUGGAGCUCCAUCCGGAAAGAAGGACUACAUAGUCUGGGAUCUCCCUUAUAAGGACCCCCAGGCUGAAAAAAGCGGACGAACGAGCUCACUACACGAGGCUACUCAACUCAUGAUAUUUUUGAUGAUGCGUGGCGUCCGGGUGAUUGUGUUCUGCAAGGUUCGAAAAGCAUGCGAGUUUGUGAUGAAAGGUCUGCGCCAGGAACUUAGCGCCGAUGGACGUUUAGAUGUUCUCGCGAAGGUCAUGCCUUACAGAGGAGGGUACUCUCAGGAGGAUCGGCGCCGCAUUGAACAUGAAGCUUUUUCGGGACGCUUACUCGGUAUCGUUGCAACUAAUGCUCUUGAGCUCGGUGUAGACAUCGGUGUUUUGGACGCCGUUAUCAUGCUUGGUUUUCCAUUUGGCAUUGCCAACUUUCGGCAGCAGGCUGGUCGAGCUGGGCGAAGAUCCCGUGACUCACUGGCUGUAUUGAUAGCUGAUGACCUCCCUAUAGACCAACACUACGUCGACUACCCAGACGAACUUUAUGACCAGCCCAUGGAUGACUUGAUUGUCGACGUUGACAGCAAAGUCAUCAUUGAGGCUCACUUGCAAUGCGCUGCUCAUGAAAUGCCUCUGUCCAAGGACGAUGCUGUCUACUUCGGUGCCUCGCUAGCCGAGUUGUGCGAUUCGAAGUUACGGAAAGACCAAGACGGAUGGUAUCACACACACCCCAAGUUUCUUCCCUAUCCAUCCAGGCACGUCUCAAUCCGUGGCGCGGACGACGACAAGUACACUGUUAUCGAUGUGACGAAACUCGGCCUUCCACAUGGUGUACCAAGAAUUAUGGAAGAGAUUGAGCUUGCAAGGGCUAUUUUUGAGCUGUAUGAGGGUGGAGUGUUCAUGCAUCAAGGGCUGACAUUUAUCGUUAAAGAAGUCAGUCAUGAUACCAAAGUGGCAAGACUUGUGAGGGCGGAUGUCAACUGGUCCACUAGGCCGAGAGAUUACACGGACGUGGAUGCCAAGCAAACCCAUCGAAUCAAAGAGAUUGCGGGGUCGCCACAUAGAGCAUAUUUUGGAAGAGUUGAUGUAACGACCGUUGUAUUUGGAUUCUUGAAAUUAAGAGGCAGUGAAAUGCUGGAAUUCGUUGACGUUGAUACGCUGCCGUACGAAAGACAAGUCACUGGAUUUUGGUUCGAUGUACCCAAAGAUCUACUUGGAUUGCUGAGGGAAAAGGGGUUGAAGCCUGCAGAAGCCAUCCAUUCUGCAUCGCAUGCAUGGAUGAAUCGCUUUGCGCUUUCUCCCGACUUACGGACAGAAUGCAAGGCAGCAGAGAAAGAACUUGCUGAACGCAAGGAUGAAAAACAUACUGAAGAGAAGUCACGGCGGAAACGUCCCGCUAGGCUAAUAUUGUAUGACGCAUCCCGGAAAGGUAGUGUGUCUGCCCAGGCGUUUGAUCACAGCGGUGAAGUUUUGCGACAGGCGCAUGACUCAGUGGAAGCCUGUCCAUGUGACGAUGGUUGCUACAAAUGCAUUCACAGUGCCACUUGCUCGGAAGGGAAUGUCGUUGCCUCAAAGGCCGGGGCGCUCUUGGUUCUGAAGGCAUUGCUGAACCUUGACAUCGAUACCAACAGUGUCGCACAGCAACCCGGCCAAGGACCCGACACCAUUGUCGAAGCGACGUAUGUUCGGCCAUUGGACGGUGUCCAGGUGGAACCAGCGUGAUUGAGUCUAUCUAAUGUGCAAGUAUGAUACUCCAACCAUAGAUCAAAAGCGGUUUAUUGAAAGAAGUUUGUGAUUUAUUGUCGUACCAACUAUGACAAGAAAACGCGUGAUCGGGAUUGAUAAACUAUGUAAUUACAUAAUGCAGCACACCGAUCUAAAGGUCUAAAGAAUUGGGUGACUAUCCGUAGGCCCAAAUAUUGCGGAAUAGAAUAGAAUAGAA